AAAAUGUGUUGCGCUGGGACAUAAGCAAAACUGCGAAUUGCGUAAAACAAUUGCCGAGGAUAAAACUAAAUGCGAAGUAGUGUGAAAAAAAAAACGUAUUAACUUUGGAAUCAUUCACUCAUUUAUUCAAUUCAAUUAGAUUAAAUAGUUGCAUAUGCAUUUAUCCAAGAUUUUAAACAAUCGAAUUACAAACAAGUGGAAGCUGACAAUUUGAUAGUAUUAGUGUUUUGUUGUAGUGAAAAUUGGCGAUAUUUUUUCGCAGCCGUCGGCAUUGAGACAUAAUAUUAUUUUUAUUUAUGUCAUCAUUGAAAUACCUACCCGUUGACACCACAUCAAGACACACUAUAGCUAGAGAAGUGCAAGCAUCGACAAUAAGCAGCUGUAGCCGUAACUGAACACGAUAUAUGACAUUUUGUGGAAAAGAAAGAGACCAACAAAUAGUUCGUUUAUGUCAGAAAAUCAUCACACACAGCAAUCAGUAAUUAAAGUGUUUUUUUUUGUUCGUUGAUUUCUGAUAUAAAUGACGAAAAAUCAAAAAGCCAUAUAAAAAAGACGACAAUACGACUACACGAAAUUUCGAUUGAAUUUCCAUUAGAAGGCAAAAAUAGUCACAUCGAUGAUUUAAUAUGUCAAAUUUUCAUCGCCAAAAAUCAAUCGUCGUCGAUAAGUAAAUUACAAUUCUCAAGUGGUUUUGACAAAAAAUUGAAUGAAAAAAAUCUCUUUGGUGCCUAAAUUAACAUAUUGAUGUGUCAAAAAAAAAAACAACACUGAUGUUCAUUGUCAACAUAAAAACACAAUGAACGUGUUCUAGCAAAGUAUUUUAUUCGCAUUUUAAACGUUGCAGCAACCAUUAUAUGUGUAAAAUUCAUUUUUCAUCGUUUUUUGUUUGAUUUUUUUUUUGUUUUUAUAUUACUUUAUUUUCGUUGCAUUUGCAUAUUAUUUCGACUAUAUAAGUUGGCGUCGUAUGAAGUCAAUCGCGUGACUACGAAACGUAAAUAAAUUGAUUUCGUUCUAUUAAAGCAGAAAAUAUAUAAAAAAUUUGAGAGAAAAAUAUAUAUAUUAGAAUAAAUCGAUCAAAAUGGUGCUUUUGGAAGGACAUUUAAGUAAGUGGACAAAUGUUAUGAAGGGAUGGCAAUUUCGAUGGUUUGUUUUGGAAGAAAAUUCCGGUUUACUCAGCUAUUAUACGUCAAAGGAGAAAAUGAUGAAGGGCGUUCGUCGCGGUUGUGUUCGAUUGAAAGGUGCUGUCAUCGGUAUCGACGAUCAAGAUUGCAAUACAUUCACUAUUACCGUUGAUCAUAAGACAUUCCAUUUCCAAGCGAAAGAUGGUGAAGAACGUGAAAAAUGGGUUCGACGUCUUGAGGAUACAAUACUGCGUCACGCAAAUCGAAGUCGUGGAAUUUGGUCGGAUCAGGGUGGUUCAACAUAUGGUGUAUAUGGCUCAUCGGCUGAUCCAACCAAGCGACCAAAUUAUUUGCAAACGCUCGACAAGCGAAUUAGUGAAGCCGAUGCAUAUCUUCAACUGAUGAUUGAACAAACGACAAAAAUUGAGAAUAAAAUAAAAGCCGCUGCUGAAGUUGCUGCGGCCGCUCCAAGCCAAAUAGUCAGUGAGCCUAGUGCAAGUACAGAUAGCGAAGCAAAGGCCGAUACCAACAAAGAAAGCAAUAUCAAGGAGACAAAGGAUCCGAAUAAGGUGUUACAGGAAAGUGCACAUUCAAUGCUCGAAAGUUUUAAGCAUUCGAUAGUUUUGUUGCAAAUUGCCAAGAAUACAGCACAUCCAGUGAACGGUAUGUAUCAAGGGCCAUCGUUGGCUGGCUUGAAUCCAAAAGUACCAGUCGGUAAUUCGGAUCAAACGCCAGACAGUACAGAUACCCUCGAUAUUGUCGGUCCAUCAUCAAUGCCAGGCGGACUGGUCGAGUAUGGAGCCGAAUGUUUGGAAAAGAAAUUGGCAAAAAUGUCAGCGGCCGAUGUGUCACCGUCAUCGAUUACAUUGGCUGUGCCAGAGACAAGCUACUCCAGUUCCGAGGGUGAAGAUGAUUUUUACGAUGCAAAUGAUAAUCCAUAUUCGAGUUCAAUAAGCUUAAAAGAUGCUGAAGACACAAAUGAGCAAUCCGAUGAUAUGAAAAGCAUUAAAAACGACACAAUUAGUUCACGUGAUUCCAUAAGCACACCGUUUCGGGUUGAUGGCAGUCUUGACUAUGAUGCACUCUACGAAGACGAUGCCGAAAAUGAUAUUUCAAUGGAAUCACACGGUAGCGUUGUUACACAUUUGUUAUCACAAGUGAAAAUUGGUAUGGAUUUAACCAAAGUAGUUCUUCCAACGUUCAUUCUGGAACGUCGAUCAUUGCUUGAAAUGUAUGCCGAUUACUUUGCGCAUCCGGAUCUAUUUUUAAAAAUAGCCGAUUUUAAAGAUCCACGCGAUCGAAUGGUGCAAUGUGUUAAAUGGUAUAUGAGCUCUUAUCACGCUGGCAGAAAGAGUUCCGUUGCUAAAAAACCAUACAAUCCAAUUUUGGGCGAAAUAUUCCGAUGUCAUUGGGACUUGCCCGAAUUAGAAAAGGAUGCUGCAACUGUUAAUGAUGGACCGGUUCCAUGGUGUCGACGCGAUCAAUUAACAUUUGUUGCCGAACAAGUUUGCCAUCAUCCACCAAUUUCUGCCUUUUAUGCUGAGCACUACAACAAGAAGAUAAGUUUCAAUGCUUAUGUCUGGACGAAAUCAAAGUUCUUAGGAUUAUCGAUUGGCGUGCAUAACAUUGGUCAGGGCACGGUAACACUCAGCGAAUACAACGAAGAAUAUAUAGUCACUUUUCCGAAUGGAUAUGGACGAUCCAUCCUAACUGUACCAUGGAUUGAGCUUGGUGGUAGUGUGCAAAUAACAUGUCCACAAUCCGGCUAUCGUGCUGACAUUGAAUUUAUAACCAAACCAUUUUACGGUGGCAAAAGGAAUCGCAUUUCGGCCGAAGUUUACGCACCGAAUGAGAAGAAAUCAUUUUUAAGCAUCAACGGUGAAUGGAGUGGUUCAAUGGAAGCCAAAUGGGCUGAUGGCCAUAAGAAAACCGAUGUAUUCGUAGAUGUAAAUAAAAUACCAAUUUUCAAGAAGAAUGUUCAACCAAUUAGCGAACAAGUGGAGAAUGAAUCACGUCGCAUUUGGGUCGAUGUAACAGCCGGUCUUCGUUUUAAUGAUAUCGAUAAAGCAACAACUGCGAAAGCCAAAUUGGAGCAAAAACAACGUGAAGAAGCUAAACAACGCAAAGAAACCAGCAGCGAAUGGGACACAAAAUACUUCAAGCCCGUCGGCGAUGUUUGGAUUUACACGAAUCCAUUAUCACAAAGGCUCUAUCUACAGGACAAACAGAAUAAGCAACAACAAAAACAGUAACCAAUUUUUUGUUUGUCCAAAAUUUACGAAAUAAAAUGAGCUCCCAAGACAAAGCAAGUGCGCUGGAAGUUCCGACACAAUUUGUGGUUGAUAAAUAUAUAGAGAAAACAUCCAAAAUUAAAAUGCUUUAUGCAAAUAUAUCAAGAAAAGGGAAUACUAGGGAAACCACAACAGGUCACUAAAAAGCAACAGAGUAAAGGUAUAAAAAUGUUUAGAAUUUAAGCUAAGCUUAAACACAUUUGUUAAGCAUCAUCGAAAGAGAACAGUUUUACCAAUAAUAUUUCACUAUCCAAAAUAAAA